AAUUAUACAGCGUAUAUAUAAUGUUUAUGUAUUAAGUUACAAGUAAUUUUGAUGAUGUUUAUUAUUUGGACAUUGACCUGAAACCGUAUUUGCAUUUUUUUUCUCUUGAUCAUUGUUCAAAAGUGUCAUCUUUGGUGUCCCCAUUUGGCCGGUUGUGAGAUUAUGGAAGAUCACAUACGGAAACCCAUUGCAGCUACCAAGUGUCGAAGGAACAAAGACACUUUAUUACCGCCCUAAAAUUAAUGAUUUGCUCCUUUUUGUGCAAAUAUAAGAUACAUUUUCAGGACAUGGAUACCAGUGCUCCUUGGAUGAACUUGAUCAGUACGCAUUUAGGGAGUAAAUUAAAACACAGAUCAAGUGAAAUUAAAUCGAACAUUCAGUUUGUUGAUUUUGGACUUAAACCGGCCUUUUUAGUGGACUUUGGAGUAAGUACUUUAGAGUCUGUAGUUAACCUUGUGAGUGACUUGAAAUGCUAUAAUCUCAUUCAGAACAACUUAAAGGCCGUGGCGGUAGGAAUGGAUUAUCUUAUUAUUAAUCCAGAAGAAUUCGUCAAGCUGCACUCCGAAUCGAUGGUGGUAAAAUUUGUUGAUAUAUCGUCAACAAAUGAUACUCCGAAGAUAAUAGAAAAAAAUGAUGUUUUGGAACAUGUGAUUUCUACGUGUUUUUCUCUCGUGAUGGAAGACGGAGUAGCUACUGCGUAUAAAGGAGAUAACCAUGUAAAUCUGGCCACCGUGUUUGGUCUCCUAAUUGGGUACCCUGUUGUGUAUUGGUUUGACUCUGAGAGUCUUGAAAGUAUGGGGAAUCUACAAGUCGUCCAACACGUGGAAGUCCUCGGCAGAAGGACAGACACACAGACAAAUGUUAUUUACUCAUUCAGCUUCCCGGACUGUCUUGGUGCCUUGGAGGAACACGUAAAUAAAUGGUUCCAAAGCUGGAGAGAAAAUAGGAAAUGGAAACAAAUGUUUGAAACAGUUUCUCUAAAGUAUGAAAGAAAAACACUUGUUUCAUUUGUAUUGUAGGCUUAUUUUAUAGACAUAAACUAAAAUGUGUUUGUCUGGUAUUUUGGAUGGUAUUAGUUGUGUGAAACACAGUACAGGUAGACAGCGGCGUCAUGGAGGGCCUCUGGUGUGUAGUAGUGAAGCAGACGUUGUUUCCACAC